CGAGAGCGAUCAAUUGAAAAACUGACUUCAAGCCGAGCGGAAUCGCGUUGUCGGAGAGUGAUCGAAAGAAGUAGCAGUCGCGGCAUGAAACAGAAUCGAGUGCAUGAAAGUUUGUUCGAAUGAAAUGAUUCAACCCUAGACGCGCUAUCGCCCCCCACUUGGAUUACGGUCAGCGCGAGAGCAACAACGAAAAAUAGAAAGAAAUCAAGUGAAAAUAGAAAAAGGCGAGAAACAUAAGAAAAUUAAUUUGGAUAAAUCGCCGAGAAAAAUUCGGAUGUGUUGAUGUGAGUGCUGUGCUCUGCCGUCGGAGGUGAUUGUGCAAAGAUCUAUAUAAAAAUAGAAAAGAGGCAACCUUAAAAACCCCAAACAAAAUGGGAAACAAAUAAUCGGGAUCCCAUAGACCAAAACUCCAAAAUCUCCCACUUAACUAGAAAACCACCUUCCCAGGUUGAGUCACUAUCCAAGGGAUCUUCCACCAUCCAUCCACCCACAAUGCUGGCCACCAGCCAUAUGCUCUACGUCCUCAUAGCCAGCUGCGCGAUGCCCAUUUUUGGGGCGGCCCUGAGCAAGACGGUUCUUUACCAGGCCCCGGACGAGUGCCGCUGGUCCGGCGGUGGAGAGCACGACAUCACCCUGGUUUGCCACCUGCGCACGAUCAACUCUGAGCUGGAGAACACCAAUUUCAGCGUAAUCCAGCCCCACAAUACCGUGCGUUUGAGGCUAGAGUGCAACGAUGCACUCUUCUUCCAGAGCAGCCUCAGUCCAGACAGCUUUAGGUCGCUGGUGGAGCUCAGGGAUCUUACCAUUGAGUAUUGCAAGCUGGGCAACCUUACCGAAGGCUCCUUCCGGGGUCUGCACGAGCUACGCAACCUUACCAUCCGCACACACAAUGGGGACUGGUCAACCAUGUCCCUUGAGAUGGCCUCCAACAGCUUUGUGGACUUCAGACAGCUGGAGAGGCUGGACCUAAGUCUGAACAACAUCUGGCUGAUACCCGACGGUAUGGUGUGUCCACUAAAGUCUUUGCAGCACCUCAACGCCUCCUACAACAAGAUUCAAGACAUCAGCAACUUCUACUUCAGCGCCUCGCUGAGCUCGCGGAAGGCGCGGGUGUGCGGCUCGACAUUGCAUAACCUCGACCUGAGUGCCAACAAAAUGGUCAGCCUGCCGUCGGCCAUGUUGUCGGCCCUGGGGCGGCUGACCCACUUGAACAUGGCACGCAACAGCAUGAGCUUUCUGGCGGACCGUGCCUUCGAGGGUCUUGUCUCGCUGCGUGUUGUGGAUCUGUCUGCGAAUAGACUGACAUCGCUGCCUCCUGAGCUCUUCUCGGAGACGAAGCAGCUACAGGAGAUCCAUUUGAGGAAUAAUUCGAUCAAUGUGUUGGCGCCUGGGAUCUUUGGGGAGCUGUCCGAGCUUCUGGUUCUAGACUUGGCCAAUAAUGAGCUAAACUCGCAGUGGAUCAAUGCUGCCACAUUCGUGGGUUUGAAGCGGCUCAUGACGCUGGACCUGUCAUCCAACAAGAUCAGCCGCCUGGAGUCGCACAUCUUCCGGCCGUUGGCCAGCCUUCAGAUCAUAAAGCUUGAGGAGAACUACAUCGAUCAGCUGCCGUCGGGCAUCUUCACGGACCUCACCAACUUGCACACACUUAUUCUGUCCAACAACCGCAUCUCGAUUAUCGAGCAGAGUACCUUGCAGGGUCUGAACAACCUGCUGGUGCUUUCCUUAGACUACAACCGCAUUAACCGGCUGGACCCGCGAUCUUUGAUCAAUUGCAGCCAGCUCCAGGACCUCCACCUCAAUGACAACAAGCUGCAGGCGGUGCCGGAGGCCCUAGCGCAUGUGCCCCUGCUUAAGACCCUGGACGUGGGGGAAAACAUGAUCAGUCAGAUCGAGAAUACUAGCAUCACCCAGUUGGAUAAUCUCUACGGGUUGCGCAUGACGGAGAACUCUCUCACGCACAUACGACGAGGGGUCUUCGACCGGAUGAGCUCUCUGCAAAUCCUAAAUCUAUCCGGCAACAAACUGAGGACCAUUGAGGCGGGCUCGCUGCAGAGGAACACUCAGCUACAGGCUAUCCGCCUGGACGGCAACCAGCUCAAAUCCAUUGCAGGCCUUUUUACAGAGCUCCCCAACCUGGUCUGGCUAAACAUAUCGGGGAAUCGGCUGGAAAAGUUUGACUACUCGCACAUACCCAUCGGACUGCAAUGGUUGGACGUGCGGGCCAAUAGGAUCACACAGCUGGGGAACUACUUUGAGAUCGAAAACGAGCUGAGCCUGAGCACCUUCGACGCCAGCUUCAAUCUGCUGACAGAAAUCACAGCCAGCUCGAUACCCAACAGCGUGGAGGUGCUCUAUCUGAACGACAAUCAGAUCAGCAAGAUCCAGCCAUACACGUUCUUCAAGAAGCCCAAUCUCACCCGUGUCGAUCUCGUGCGCAACAAGCUGACGACACUGGAGCCGAAUGCACUGCGGCUUUCGCCAAUCGCCGAGGACCACGAGAUACCAGAGUUCUACAUCGGACACAAUGCGUAUGAGUGCGAUUGCAAUCUGGAUUGGCUGCAGAAGAUCAAUCGCGAGUCACGCACCCAGCCACAACUCAUGGACCUCGACCAGAUCUACUGCAAGCUGUCCUAUGCGCGCGGCGCUACCCAUGUCUCCCUCAUUGAGGCCAAGUCGAACGACUUCCUAUGUAAAUACGACUCGCACUGCUUCGCUUUGUGCCACUGCUGCGAUUUUCAGGCCUGCGACUGCAAGAUGGAGUGCCCCGACCGCUGCUCCUGCUACCACGACCAGUCGUGGACAUCAAACGUGGUCGACUGCAGUCGCGCUUCCUACGAGCAGGCUCUGCCCUCGCACAUACCCAUGGACGCCACGCAGCUAUACCUUGACGGGAAUAACUUCAAGGAGCUCCAAAGCCACGCCUUCAUCGGCCGCAAGCGCCUGAAGGUUCUCCAUCUCAACCACUCGCGGAUCGAGAUCCUUCACAAUCGCACAUUUUACGGUCUCCUGGAGCUGGAGGUGCUGCAGCUACAGAGCAACCAGAUGAAGAUGCUGAAUGGCAACGAGUUCCAGGGCUUGGACAACCUUCAGGAGCUCUACUUGCAGCACAACGCGAUAGCCACCAUCGACACGCUCACAUUUACGCAUUUGUACCACCUGAAGAUCCUGAGGCUGGACCACAAUGCCAUCGGCUCUUUCGCCGUGUGGAAUUUCCUACCCAGCUACCUCAACGAGCUGCACCUGGCCGGCAAUCACUGGAGUUGCAGUUGCGAGUUCAUCGAUAAGUUGCGGGAUUACAUAAGCCGACACGACUACGUUGUGGACCGUCCGAAGCUGCGCUGCGAGUCAGGCGGGAACAGCUCCCGGGAGAUGGCCAUUUAUGCCAACACGGAUUCCGCCCUGCCCGUUGUUCAGUGUAGUCAGAUCCUGCCCCUGGGGCUGGACAACAGCUACAACGUUGCCGAGCAGGCGGGCAGCGAAGGUGGAGCCCUGGCCGGCAACAUGACGUCCACGAAGAUGAUACUUAAUCAGCCGCCCAAGCAGGACUACAUCCCCAUUCUGGUGGCCAUUCUCACAGCCUUCAUCUUCGUCAUGAUCUGCACUCUUCUGGUUUUCAUCUUCCGCCAGGAGAUGCGCGUCUGGUGCCACUCUCGGUUCGGCGUGCGUCUUUUCUACAACGGCCAGAAAGAUGUGGACAAAAACGAGCGCGAGAAGCUCUUCGACGCCUUCAUUUCUUACUCCUCUAAGGACGAGCUGUUCGUCAACGAGGAGCUAGCCCCGAUGCUGGAAAUGGGUGAACACCGUUACAAGCUCUGUUUGCACCAGCGGGACUUCCCCGUGGGCGGCUACCUGCCCGAAACCAUCGUUCAGGCCAUCGACAGCAGUCGGCGCACUAUCAUGGUCGUCAGUGAGAACUUUAUCAAGUCUGAGUGGUGUCGCUUCGAGUUCAAGUCCGCCCAUCAGUCAGUUCUGCGAGAUCGCCGCCGUCGCCUGAUUGUCAUUGUACUUGGAGAGGUGCCCCAAAAAGAGCUCGAUCCCGAUCUGCGCCUGUAUCUGAAGACAAACACCUAUCUGCAGUGGGGCGACAAGCUCUUCUGGCAAAAGCUACGAUUCGCUCUGCCUGACUUAUCUUCCACCGCGCAGCGCUCCGUCGCCGGCCAGUCCUGCCACGUGCCCAUCAACCAUGCGGCUUACCAUCAUCACCACCAUGUGCACCAGCAGGCUCUUCCCCUGCCCCAUCCCGGCCAUCAUCAUCAGCAGCAGCAACAGCAGCAAUUUACGCUUCCGCCUCCCCCCCAGCAGACCGGAAGCUUUCGUCGUCAGUCCUCAAUCCAUCAGCAGCAACAGCACCAACAGCAGCAGGCAGCUUUGAUGAUGGGUGGAGUGCAGGUGGGUGUACCUUCCCCACAGAUGAUCCCCCUGGCGGGUGGAAUCCAGCAGCAGAGUCUACCGCUGCCCCCAACACAGCCCACACCGGCUUCGCGUAAUCUGCACAUGUGAGUGGGUGAGAGAUAGAAAGAGAUGUACGAGUAUAGAGAAACUUAAAGGUGUACGGAGAAAACCUCAAAAAUAGCUGGAGGUGAAGCGAAAGAAAGAUAGAGAGAAGAAGACAGAGAGAACUCAGAGCGAAUCCCCCUAUGUAGGGCCACAGAAAUAAUGAAAAAUACUGAUAUAUACUUCUUUUUAAAUAAACAAAUCCAUUGUAAAAGUAGUAGAUGUAAACAACACCCCCCACCACCCCACCCACCAACUUACAGACAGAUCUCUACUAAAACUUGCAAAAAUUUCCUGGAGUGGAGUUACACACAGGUCUGACUGAAAUGAAAUGGGAAUUGCAUUCAAUAUGCAAAUUAUAGCGUUUGGCCAUAAAAGCCUAGUUACCGGCUGGAAUAGAAAAGAAAGAUAAAAUUGAGUGUUGAGCAACAGCACCAACAACAACAAUCGAAACAUGCAACAGCUAAAGCAACAAAAGGCAACAGUAAAAUACCAAGCGUCUCUGAGGCAGUCAGUCCCCAAGCCAAUUCUUGUUCUCUGGCUGUUUUCUUACGGCCUGAUAUUUUCAGUUUCCUGGCUAGUAGCUAGAUUCAGAAAAUUGAUGUUGCAUGCAGCAAAAACUAGAACCACAUCAUCCAGUCAGUCAGCAGCAGCAAACAAAAGCAGCCACACAGCCCCACAGUUACACAGCUACGCAGCCAAAUGGCCAAUACCCAAAAGUAUUUCUCUCCGACACUGUUUCUCCCUUAGCCUUCUCUUUUAUUUUCUUUCGUCUCCUCCAUUUGCUUAGUUUAUCUUAACUGCCAUAACAAGCUCAAAGUGUGUAUAAACUAUCUAUGUGACUGUAGUUGCAGUGGUACGAGGGUCUGUACCUGUCCGUCUCAGAGCGUGGUUUUGAGAACACAGACAAGGAACAACAUCGGAGAAUUCAUGUCUGGUCAAAAGAAAUUUUAACAAAAGCAGGGCCAGGGUAGCCAGUUCUCUCAGACAUCAGAGGACACGUGCACACAGACCAGGCCAAGACCGUCUAGAAACAUCUGUUUUUCGUCUCGUAGGUUGCUCCGGCAGAUUGGUUGAAAUUGGGAUUUUUUUUUGGGCCACAAUUACAUGUGCUUACCAAUGGCAGGGAAAGAGUGCCAGAGAUAGAGAGCGAAGGAUAAUUGUAACAAACUUCAGUAGGUGGGCAAAAUAUGUUGAGAAGCCUAUUUUCUUAGAGCAGAGCUCUCCAUUACACAAUCUCUCCUCAAUAGGUCUUUAGGUCACGCAAUGUCGAUUAUAAAUGAAAAAAUAGUUUUUUCUGCAUGCUAGUCAAAGAUUUUUAAAGAAGAGGCUGAGCGCACUCUAACGUACUCGCAGUCACAAAGUUGAAUCUGAGCAAGAGUUUGCCAGAGAAAAACCUCAAUUUGCGACCUUGCUGGAAAAAGUUGUCCAUUCUGCAAGCGAUUAAAAUCGACCUUGAAUUGCUUGUUACGCCUCUUGCCUGUUCACUCUCUCUAUAUCCCCCUCCAACUAUCUCUGAUUUCACUUAAAUUAAAAUUUACAUUCCAAAUACCUAAAAAUAAAAAGGCUUAAAACUAGCUUACACAGUAUAAGCAACAACAACACUCUCUCUCGAGAAGGAUUCACAUUCGUCUUAGAGUUAAAAAUCUAAAAUUGUACAUACUUAGAUAAGUUGAAUUUUUUCAACCUUAAUUGUUGAAUCAUUGUGAUAUUUUCUUUUAGACCUAAGCUCUAAUUUAUAUUAUGCAAAGACUAUUUUCCUAACAAUCUACAUGUAUGGUACAUAUAUGUAAAUCUAAAGGAAACUAAUCCUCAUUAGAUAGUCUAGGCCAUAAGUCAAUAACCGAAAACGAAUACGAAUCCGAAUGCACAUCUAUCCCGCCUAUAAAUAAAAAUACAGCCAUAUUAUUUCUAUUAAAUUGAGAAAGUGUUGUACAUACAUAUGAACAAAAUUACAAGAAAAACGGACUGUUUUAA